UUCCGCGUUUUCGGGAUUUUCACUGCCCGGCGGAAGGCGCCGCGGGGCAGCUCGGGAGUUGUGGUUCCGAACUGCUCAGAGGCUGGGGCAGCGGCUGUUUCUCGACGGUUUCAGGGCGGGAAGCGGGUCGGGUUGCUUCGCACGUGGGGAAAAGCGGCAGAAACUCGUCCCCGAAGGCCAUGAGGAGGACUCGGGCGGAGGAAAGAGAGAAGGAGGCGAAGAAACGUAAACUUCUGGAUGAAAUUGGUGAGAGCUGCCUUCCGUAUUUGACGCCAAAAGAUGCAGGUUUCCAUGAACUGUGGGAGACUAAAUAUUCCAAACUUCUUCUCAAGAACUCCGAAAAGAUCCCUCGAGACAUUCACAAAGAAGUCCAGACAGCCUUUUCCACUUUGCGAAAGCAUGUUUGUUUCUUCCAAGACCUUGUAAGGAUCAAAGGGAAGGAUUUUGUUACCCCCGUGUCUCGUAUAUUAAUUGGGAACCCAGGGUGCACUUACAAAUAUUUAAACACAAGGUUAUUUACAGUCCCGUGGCCUACAGAAGGCUACGACAUCAACUAUUCAAAUCCUGAAAUAUCUCUGGCUUGUAAAGCCUUCCUCCGGCUGAAUGACUACUUGCAGAGAGAAUCUUUGCUGAGUUUGCGGGAUUUGGCCGAGACACCCGGAAUGCAGAAUUCACCCCUCGGGGACGGGAAUCAAGAUUACGCUCCUAACAUUACCGAGAUGGAAGCUGUUUUGCAAGAUCAAAACCCUUCUCCGGUCCCAAAGAGUGACUCCACUGUCCUGGAAGAGAGAACAUCUUACAACCUGACGUUAUUAAAUUAUAUGGAUCCCCAGGAAAUGCCGUCCUUGAAACCGGAGCCCUAUUUUGGCAUGGGGAGAAUGGCUGUGAGUUGGCACCACGAUGAAAACCUAAUGGAAAGGUCAACAGUGGCAGUCUACAGUUACAGCGUGGAAGAAGAUGAUGGUGGUGCCCUUGAAGAAAAAUAUGCAGCUGGCAGAGAUCCAGAUGUUUGGCAUGUUGGCCUGAAAGUUGCUUGGGAUAUAGAGACACCAGGCUUAGCAGUUCCACUUCAUCAGGGAGAUUGUUACUUUAUGCUUGAUGACCUGAAUACGACUCACCAGCAUUGUGUGCUGGCUGGCCGGCAGUCAAGAUUCAGCUCCACACACCGAGUGGCAGAAUGCUCAGCAGGGACCCUGCCAUACAUUCUGGACAAGUGCAAGGCAGCGCUGGAGAAUUUGAGCACCGAUCUUAAUUUGAAGGGCCCAUCCCUGAAAUCAUUGGAGAUCGGAGAUAUAACACGGGUGGAAAAAACUCACAAUGAGGUGGAAUUUGAAUGGCUGCGGCAGUUCUGGUUCCAGGGGAAACGGUACAGAAGGUGUACUGACUGGUGGGACAAGCCCAUGGCAGACCUGGAAGAACUUUGGAGACAAAUGGAGCUCGUGACAAGUCUACUGCUCUGUGAAUUACGAGGAGGAGAAGAAGAACAGAUGGAGGAACAAAGAAAUGAAAAAAUCAGCUGUCUUCUCCCCCUCCUGAUCCAGCGUCAAGGGCUGCGUCAGGAAUGGCUCCUGAGGAAAAAAAAGAGGAAAAAAAAGAAACCCAAUUUGAGGAAACAAAGCUGUGUAUUUCCAGAAGAAGCAGAAGUGACAAAGAAAGUAACGUCCAGAGAAGAACAGGCAUGGAUGCCACAUCAUUAAUACAGUUUGGGAAUGCCAUAUCUGGAGAGAACAAGAAUGUAUUCCAACUCUUUUUGGGAAAAAAUUAGCUGGAUUUAUGACUCGCAUUAAGGCAAAAAGCAGCCCUUGCAGUUUGUAGACCAUUAUUUGUGCCUCAGUGUGUUAUGUGACCCCAGCCGAUUGUAGUUUUAGUCAAUAAACCAUGAUUAAGCUGGGACUGAAUGUGACACGUGAACCAGCCAUUCUCUUUUCUCUAGAGGAAGAACAUUUUUUUGGCAACAGUGAGGGCAAUCACUGCACAUUCUUCUUAACGUUAAUUUUUAUUAAAAAGGUAAUUCUAAUUUCCAGUCCCAGUGGUCUUCUACGUCCAAACCAUAAUUGAUCAUUGAAGGUCAAAUAGCCACCUCUUGACUAAAUGUUGACCUCUUUUACUUGAUGGCCUCAAGCUUGGCAUCUCAGCUGCAUUAAUUGAUUAUUUUAAUAAGGUGGCACACUAAAUCUUUUAGGGCCUGUAAUAAAGAAUGAUCUGGAGGCUUUAUCCCCACAUGGCUGCUUUGACUGAGCCAUAAUGGGUCACAUGAGUUGAAUUUAACCUGAACAACCAAAAACUGGAACCCUCCUUGUUAAUGCCUUAUUAACAAGGAUCUCCAUUAAAUUAUUAUAAUUAUUAUUAUCGGCCUGAAAGAGAUCUUCACCUCUGAACCCCAAUCAGCUAAAGGUAUUUGAUGAAAGCGUUAUAAAUAUUUAGAAGGAACAGAGAAUGGGAUGAAAGACAUAAAAGCAGAUUUUAUGGAAACGGGACUUUUUGAACCAAUGUAACACAAAUAUUGGUCUAUCUUUAUUCCAUUUUUUUUCUCUUGUUCAUUUUUGGAGCAAAAGUGCCUGAUGGACCACACAACAUUUGACAUGUUUUACCAUGUAUCUGCCAGUAUCAAAAUGCAUUCUUCCUUAAACUACAGAACUGGUUUUUAAAAAAUAUUUUAGUUUGGAUUCUAUGGUAGUUUCAAUCUGCGACAGUUUAUUCCUGUACACUCAGAAGAGCUUAUAUAUAGUACCAGCUUGCAACCAAAGAAAAGUUCUCCUGGGACUUAGAUGGCCUAUUUGUCCUUCAUGAUAUAAAAGAGAGAGAGAAUCUGUGGAGAAUCAUCCAGGUCAUGGUAGUUCCAAUGGUGUUUUUCCAAAAGGCAACUGGACGUUCUUGUUUUGUUUUGUUUUCCUUGAAAAUGAAGAGAGAAGCUUCUUGGAUGAGAAGAGAAACGUUUUCAAAAAAAAAUCAGUUGCUUUUUGGAAAAUCACAUUUGGAAGGGGGGGGGAGAGAGAAACGGAAUGUUGUGGAGGCCAAAACAAUAGGGCUGUGAAGGUGUGUAAGCAUGCACACAUGCACAUAUGUAUAUUAAAAAAAAGCAGUUGCCUUCAAAAUUAAAGCAAUGUAGUUGUAUUGCGUGUAUGAUGUACAGUUCUUUAGAUUUGAUUUCUAAUUUCUGAUUGACCUCACGCAGGCUGGAUAGGGAUAGCCAAAAAGCCGGAGGUGGCCUGAGAUCCCCAGAAUGCCCAGAUCUGACCCCAUCAAUUCAAUCAAAUCAGAAUAAAGAAAUUGGCAAGAUAUUCAGGCUGCAUCGGGACUGCAUCACCAAGGAAAAUUAUUAUGACAAUGAAGAGCAUUGUGAGAAAUAUCUCCCAUCCAUCCAUCCCAAUUCUGGCUCAGUUAAUUAAAUUCUAGCUUUUUGGCAGG